UCCGCCUCCCACCUCCACUCCCCCUCCUCCCCCUCCCCCUCCCUGAUCCCGAUCCCUCCACCCUCACCACACUCGCGUCACCAGCGACACCAUGGUUGACGCCGACUAUGCCCUAACCAGUGCCGAUGUCGAUGUCGAUGUCGAGGGCAAAGGUAACGGCAACAGAGUCGCCCUCCCGCCCAUGGACCCGGAAUCCUACAAAUUCCCCGACCACAGACUGAAAAAGGUCAUGUCCGACCCGUCCAAAACCCCGCUCCUCCUUGUGGCCUGCGGCUCCUUCUCGCCGACGACGUACCUGCACCUGCGCAUGUUUGAGAUGGCCGCCGAUUACAUCAAGUUCAGCACGGAUUUUGAGCUGAUUGGCGGAUACCUGUCACCUGUCUCGGAUGCGUAUAAGAAGGCCGGUCUGGCAAGCGCGGUACAUAGAGUUGCCAUGUGUCAACUGGCUGUGGAGAAGACAUCGAAUUGGCUUAUGGUCGAUCCGUGGGAGCCAAUGCAGAAGGAAUAUAUCCCCACAGCAAAGGUGCUAGAUCAUUUCGACCAUUACAUAAACGAAGUACUGGGUGGCAUUGAUACGGGCGACGGCACGCGCAAACCAGUGCAUGUGGCUCUGCUUGCCGGCGCGGAUCUCAUCCAUACGAUGUCUACACCAGGUGUGUGGAGUGAGAAGGAUCUAGAUCAUAUCCUUGGACGAUACGGGACCUUCAUUGUUGAACGCGCCGGCACAGACAUCGACGAAGCAAUAGCCAGCCUGCAGCCCUGGAAAGAAAACAUAUACGUAAUCCAACAAUUAAUCCAAAACGACGUCAGCAGCACAAAGAUCCGCCUCUUCCUCCGGCGCGAGAUGAGCGUCCGCUACCUAAUUCCCAGCCCUGUCAUCAACUACAUUGAGAAACACCACUUGUAUGAAGAUGAAGGGUCAUCGUCUACUACUGCUACUACGGCAAAACGGAAACAGAACAACAACAACUUCGACCCUGGUUCUCACCAAGAUAAGGGGAAGGGAAAGCAAGAGGACAUGACGAUGUCCUAUGAAAAUGAUAGGCCUAGUGGAUGAGAUGAUAUGAUAUAUUCUAUGAUGAUUAUGAUUUUUUCUCAUCCCGUCACCUGACCACCCAGGCCCCCUCGUCCCCAACUAUCCUUUGUUUUCAACGAACAUGUUACAUUGACGUACAUAUGCUGGGGAUGCCUCCCCAGGGACGGACAUGGUGUUCUCGUGGGGUGGUGGGUGGGGAGUAGCAAUGCCGGCGGUAGGUGGGAUAGAAGCAGCGGGGAUUAAUGAGAUGCGGUAUGGUUUUAAUGGAUGUAUUUUUUUCUUCUUGUCUUUCUCGUCUAUGAGAUGUAUGAAUGUAUGAAUAUGAAUAUGCCUUCCAUCCGGUUCCUCACAUGCUUGGCAUUGGCAUGUUUGCAUAUUGCAUAUACGUAUAUAUUCAUACAUCCGUCUCUACACUCAAUGGGCAGAAAAGAAAGGAGCACGAAAAUUUUAAAAAAUAAAGUAAGGCAGCCCGACCAACCACACAGACGCACGCGGACCCAGGAAGCCAGCCGCAACCGUACCGCGCCCGCACCCGCACCCGCUACACAGCAACCCGCUACACAGCACCCGCUACACAGCACCCGCUACACAGCACCCCCCUCUGCCUUUUCUUCCGAGUUGUUUCCACCUCCCUCGAUUACAUAAAGGCAAUUCAUUAAGCCCCAACCGAUCUCACAGCUCCUCAUUGCUCGAUAUCCCUCCCUCCCGAUACAACAGCCCAUAGAAUGAAAAACGAACGAGAGCAGAACAGGACCGGGAUAGCGACAGGGCGGAGGCACAAACACGAAAAGGGAAAAAUAUGUCAUAAAUGAUGGAAGCGAUACUGUUAUUCUGUUAUAUAUAUAUUUGUCUUCUCCGGUUCUCACGCUUUAUAGAACCCCUAAAUCUAAGUCAUCACUCCCCUCCUCUGCCUUCCACACAACAGGCAGCCGCGCAAUGGUUCGAACCACCUCGCUGCUGGUAUUAAUGGUUGAUGGAGGGAGGUAGGGAGGGUGUUUGUUGGUUUACUCUUAACGAUUUCAAUACAUGCAUCAAAUGGGGCGGAUGGAUGGAUGGGUUUGUGUAAGGUUAUAUAUUUCCUACUCUUUCAUCAUUGCUUGUUCUUUAUUAUAUGUUUUCUGUUCUUGGUUUUCUCACUGUUCUAGCUGGUGUGAUUGCGGGUAGGUGGUAGAGCGUAUUUUUCUCUGGCGAGCAUAUCUUAGUGAUGGCAUUGGCCGGGAUGCGAUGUCGGUGUGGUGUUGAUAUAGAUUUAAAUUAUAUAUAUUAAUUUUCGAAGUGGGGAGAGGAAGAGUGAGUGACAGCUUAUCUAAUCCCGCUGCAAUAGCCUAUGGCCUCCUGCCCCGCCAUUUCCACCCAGACUUUGCCCCUGAAUUCGUUAUAUAUAUUAUUAUUAUAUAUAUAUACUCUGUCCUCUCCUCUUUAUCUCUCCUCUCUCACUCUCUCUCUCUCUCUUCUUCAAUCCUUUCGUUUGUUGGACUCUACUUAUUCCACACGUGAUUCUUCUACACCAAUUGCCUGUCACUCAACUUGGGGUAGUUAGUUGAAGUUUUCGUCCCGAGAUAAUCAAUUAACGGCGUAUUC